GUUUUCUCAACUUCCAACACAAACUCAUUCAGUCUAGUUUAGACUUGAACAAAACGGUUCAUAUACCGGUGUCCGCAAGACCAUUUUGACAUUUGUAUGCAGUCUAAAGACUAAAAUGACGGUAAUGUGGCUGAUUUUACUGCUAUCAACACACUGGAUUCAGUGCUGUACUGCUGUCAGUGAGUUUUACUCUUCAACAGAUCAUAUGAUUCAACUUAUUGACAUCCAAAAGGAGUUUGCUCAAUCCUUUAGUGAUUAUGUAGCAGCAUUGGAGAGUCAGGUGGAUCUUCUGAAAAGGGCUGUUAUUGUGCUAGGACAUAACUUUGAUGACACUUCUAAAGACAAAGAAAAAUUCAUCAGUAACCCACUGUCAGCGUAUCAGCUUGUGAGAAAGCUCACCCGAGUCUGGACUACAACAAGAGACAUCAUAGAAGAAAAAAGACUUACAGGCACUUUGAAGAAACUACAAUCUUCAGCUGAAAAGCUGCCCGGUGCAGAUGAUGUAGACGGUGUAGUAUUGGGCCUGCUCAGACUGCAGGAAAUGUACAGAUUAGAUCCAAGAAACAUCUCUGCAUUUUGUGAAAUGAAGAACAAUGUAACACUGGAUCCAGAUGAAACGUUUCAUAUUGCAAUGGUUUCCUAUCAGAAUGAAAAGCUUGAGUUUGCCCUACUUUGGAUGCAGGAGACCCUCAGAAAACUCAGCGUAGGUGAGAAAGCCAUCGUGAGCAAAGAAGAAGUUCAGGACCAGCUGGCAUUAUUCUCCUGUCAAGUGGCAUCUACCCAAGAUCCUUUACAUGUGAGAGAUCUACCUGCAUGUUAUGCAAAAGUAAUAGAGAACAUGAAGACAUGGGACUGGACAUCAAAAGCCAUCAAUCCAUUUGACAGCCAACCAAUGGAAAACAAAUAUGAAGCUCUGUGCACAGGGAAGCAGAAACCACAGAUGAAGAGAAAACUGGUGUGCAGGUACAGGACAAGUAACCAGAUGAUGUAUGCCCCUUUCAAAGAGGAAGAGGAGUGGCACCAGCCAAUGGUUUGGAGAUAUCAUGACUUUCUUUCAGACCGAGAGAUAGACGUCAUCAAAAGAUUGGCCAGACCAAAGCUUUCCAGAGCUAAAGUUAUAGAUCCAGUCACUGGAAAAAAGUUUUCUACUGCAUUUCGUGUGUCAAAAAGUGCGUGGCUGUCUGAAGAUGAAGACCCUCUGAUUGCACAAAUCAAUCAGAGAAUCGCUGAUGUCACGGGUUUAGAUCUGCAGACAGCUGAGGAGCUUCAAGUUGCAAAUUAUGGGAUUGGAGGCCAGUAUGAGCCACAUUAUGACUCAAAGCUCUCAAAUGACUCGGACUUUCAAUUCAGAGGUGACCGGAUUGCCACUCUUUUAAUCUAUAUGAGUGAUGUGGAUGUUGGAGGGGCGACAGUGUUUCCUACAACUGGUGCAGCACUUCUUCCAAAAAGAGGUACAGCAGUGCUUUGGUUCAACCUGCUAGAAAAUGGAAAUCAAGAUAACAGAACCUUACAUGCAAGUUGUCCUGUGUUUGUAGGCAACAAAUGGGUGGCCAACAAGUGGAUUCGCACUGGAGGACAGGAGUUCAGGAGAAAGUGCUCUACAGUCCAAUCUGAGUGAAAGAGGCGAUACAGUUUAUUUACAGCCUUCAUAAAAUACCAGAAUAAUGUGACAAAGAUUAAUUCACUCAGUUUAAUUGACUUUUAAAUGAUAGUCUCUAUCUACUCUUAAAUACAGACUGUGGCAGUACUUUGUGUUUUUGCUCUGUUUUAAAAUUUAAAACUUUAAUGUUUAAAUUUCCUA